UCUAUCCUGACGUGUACAUGUGGAAGUGCACUGCUUUAACAAGGGAUUGCAUUAAGCCAUCUGUGUGUUUAUCUGAGGAAGAAGAAAAAGAGUGGGAGAUGGAGAUGCAAAAGAGAACCCCCGAGAGGUCAGAGAUUGAUCCUACUUCCAACUCCAUACCAAGGCCACAUAAACCCAAUGCUUCAGUUGGGUACGUUUCUUCACUCAAGGGAUUUUCUAUUACCAUCGUUCACACCCAUAUCCUUACGUGUAUAGUGCACUGCUUUAACAAGCACCACAGAAUCCCAAACAGUAUUGCAUUAAGCCAUCUGUGUGUUUAUCUGAGAAAGAAGAAAAAGAGUGAGAGAUGGAGAUGCAAAAGAGAACCCCGAGAGGUCAGAGAUUGGUCCUAGUUCCAACCCCAUACCAAGGCCACAUAAACCCAAUGCUUCAGUUGGGUACGUUUCUUCACUCAAAGGGAUUUUCCAUUACCAUCGUUCACACCCAUUUCAACUCUCCAAGCCCUUCCAACCACCCUGAGUUCACAUUCAUUCCGAUUCAAGACGGCCUAACUGUUCCUCUAGUUUCAUCCGGGAAUAUAAUAGCUAUUCUGUUGGCUCUCAAUGCCAAUUGCAAAGCGAGUUUCGAACAAUGUUUGACUACUCAAGUAAUGAAACAAGAACCGGGGAAGAAGAUCACCUGCAUCAUCUACGAUGAAUUCAUGUACUUCUCUGAAGCUGCUGCUAAUUAUCUGAAUAUUCCAAGCAUCAUCCUCCGUACUACCAGUGCAGCCAACUUUCAUGCUCGAUCUACCGUCGUAGAACUUCAUUCAAAAGGCCACAUUCCCUUCCCAGACUCCAUGUCAUCGGAGCCGGUGCCCCAACUACAUCCCCUCAGAUUCAAGGAUCUGCCCAUCUCACCCUGGGACACGUUAGAAAACUUCUUAAAACUAGUAGUUAAGUCGCAUGAUGUUGGGAGAUCUUCGGCCAUCAUUUGUAAUACCAUAGACUGCCUUGACCAAUCAUCACUAGCACGGAUCCAAAAACAUUGCCAAGUACCGAUCUUCUGCAUAGGCCCUCUUCACAAAAUCACAACAGCGGCCUCUAGUAGUUUACUUGAAGAGGACACAAGCUGCAUUGAGUGGCUUGACAAGCAAUCUCACAAGUCAGUUAUCUAUGUCAGUUUGGGGAGUAUAGCAUCGAUUGGUGAGAAAGAACUGGCAGAAAUGGCUUGGGGAUUAGCCAACAGCAAGCAACCUUUUUUGUGGGUGAUCAGACCUGGCUCCAUUACCGGCUCAGAUUGGAUCGAGCUAUUGCCUCAAGAGUUUAGAGAAGCUAUUGGAGAAAGAGGUUUCAUAGUGAAAUGGGCACCCCAAAGGGAAGUUUUGGCUCAUGGUGCUGUGGGCGGGUUUUGGACCCAUUGUGGCUGGAAUUCAACUCUUGAAAGCAUAUCUGAAGGGGUUCCGAUGAUUUGCAAACCAUGUUUUAGUGAUCAGAAGGUGCAUGCGAGGUAUGUUAGCAAAGUAUGGAGACUAGGUUUAGAAUUGGAGGAUGAGUUUGAGAGAGGAAAGAUAGAGAGAGCUGUUAGGAAACUCAUGGUAAAUAGUGAUGGGGAAGAAAUAAGGGCGAGGGCCAAGGAUAUGAAAGAGAGAAUACAAGUUUCUAUGAGCAAGGGUGGAUCUAACUACAAAAGAAAGAGUGAACUUGUUGAAUUCAUUAUGGCGUUACAAGCUGUAACAACAGCAGUGUCUUCACAUUAGCUAUGUCCUAUCUGCACAUAUUGAUAGAUGAGGCUUCUAGCAUCUGGGUGUAAGCAAACUUUUCUUUGCGGUCCCCAAGUCAGUUCUAUGCUAAUGGAUUUUAAAAUUUUCAACAUUUCUUUACUGAUAAAAGUAUUUAUCUUGCUCAUCCUAAAACUUGUAUAAAUCUGGCUGUUACCUAUCAAAACGUAGCCAAAGAAAAUUCAGUUACUU